AUGAAUUCCCCAGACAGUGUUAUAAGCGGCAGUCAGAGCUCACCAAUCAAAUUAAAACAUAUCAAAGCGCAUCGAUCCAUCCCAACCGCAUCUCUUCAAACAUUGAUCAAGCCUCUCCGGACCCGUCUCGUACAGCCCGGAAAGCCGCUGCCAGCAGGCUCCCAGAAGCUAGAGGUUCCAAACUCCAUCCAAUCAGACCACGAAGUAAAAGAGUAUUGCAUUGAGAACGUCUGGAUCUACGACAUCUCCCUCAAGCAUGCAGCAGGGGAAUCCGCACCCACCAACACCAGGCGGGAUUCCAAGCAUCAUCGCCUCCUCUACUUCGCUGGCGGGUCCUUUCAAUCCCCACCAUCAAACAACCACUGGAAAUUCCUCUCCAAACUCGUAAAGGAGCUCCACCCAACCUACGUCAUCACAGUAGUCAGCUAUCCCCUGGCGCCCAACAGCCCCGCCCCAUCUUCCCUUCCUGUUCUCGAAACGCUCCUCCGGACCAUCCUGCAGCAAGCAGCCCAAGACUCCGUCCCAAUAACCCUAGCAGGUGAUUCCUCCGGUGGUAAUAUCGCCAUCUCCCUGGCCUUAAAAGCCGUCCCCUCCAUUAACCACCACCUCGAAGGUGCACAGAGCCAAACGCUCUCUUCUAUGGGAGAGGGGGGGACCCCACUCAGGAACGUACUCCUCAUCUCCCCCGUUCUGGAUAUGCGCUGCACCAACCCCCAGAUCUCAGAAGCUGACAAACACGACCCCGUCCUCUCCGCCUCAUACAUCGAAGACGUCGCAAAAACCUGGUCCGCAAACCUCCCGAGAGACGAUCCGGCCGUUUCGCCCCUCCUCGCGGACCUGACGCCGCUGAAGCGAGCGGGUGUGAAAGUGCACGGUGUGCUUGGCACAUUUGACGUGCUGGCUCCAGACGCGGAUUUGUUCCGUGAAAGGUUGGAGAGCGUGGGAGUGGAGGGGGAAUGGUUGGUGUGGGAGAAGCAGAUGCACUGUUUCCCUCUGGCUUGGCAUUAUGGGUUGGAGGAGAGCGUUAGGGGCGUGGAGUGGGUGGUGGAUGUGCUGAAGAGGAAUGCCUGA